AUGGGCAAACCACCAAAGCGAGGAUCGUCUCUUCCUCUUCACAUUGAAUCUUGUUCCACGGCGUCUUCCUCCGAAGCCGAACGGUACUAUCAUCAUCAGUAUCGUCCACCCCGUGGGUCGACGCUGAAAGAUCGUGUCAAGUCCAUUCGCCAAGAAGAUCGUCAGGCUGUGGUGGAAGAUAAUGCCAUUGCUGCUGCCUUGGCCGCUCGAGCCUUUCAUCUGCCUGGAUAUAGUUACAUGGCAGACUGGAGUCAGUACAUUGUCAACAACCACUUGAUCUUUGGCCUCUGCUGUCGUCAUCCCAAGCAUCCACUGACGACCAAACUGCGGUUUCUCAAUCUGAUGGCAAGUGCUCUCUUUGGAUUGGCCAUUACCAAUAUGAUUUGGUUGGGGUAUAUUUACUACGAUGAAGACCCGGAUUCGGUGCUCUUCAAGAUUUCCUUUUACGAUGAAGAUGCCGGAAACGAACUCAUUAUUAGCAGCAAUCUCACCAACGAUGACCAGUGGUUCUUCAACAACAACACUACCAACAGUUCUAUGAUGGAUGAUCUAUGGGACAACUACAACGUUACUAAUACCAUGGCACCGACUACAUUGGAACCCAAAUCUGGUUGGGAACUCUUUCUCCCCCGUCCCAAAAACGCCCAUACCGAAACACUGGGCAAUACGUUACAAAUCACCCGUGGUAUGGUCCUGUUGUGGACCUUGGGAGCCGCCCUGCACGCCGUCUUUGACAAUACCAUUUGGCGGCUUUCGGCAUGUGGCUGCUGUUUGCCCGGCAACCGCUGCGAACGAUUUGGAUUCCUGCGCGGCAUGAGCGGCGCCUUUACCAUUUUUGUCGUGGUCAUGGUCACGGCCGUGGCAACCUUUGCCGUCGUCUUGCGGGCCACACUCAUGUCACACGAUGAAAUCGAGUUUAGUGCGUCCAACAGUGGAGGAUUGGUCGAUGAUGCCAUUGAUGUCCGAGAGAGUUUCCGAGAAGCCGCUCAAAAUAUUGGAGCGCUCGAGUUUGUCAUGGGAUACUUUGUCGAGUUUUUCUUGGCGCUCUUUGUCUAUCAUCCCCUCUUCAUGACUAUUCUCUUCAUGGGGUGCUUGAACUUUUUGGGAUGUGGCAAGCUGCGGGUCCUUGGAGGACGGCCCUUUGAAAUGAGACAAUUGGAAGAAGAAGAAUCUGGUAGUCAGCGACACUCGGCGGGACUUGUCACGGGGAACCAAUGUUUGUCUGUCCCCAAAGGAGCCGUGCGUAGGUUGAGCCACACGGAACGGAGCAGCUAUAGCUCGGUCAACAACUUUAGAUAG